UGCCAGCUUUGUUUGUAUGCCAGUCCUGACAAAAGCUCCAUCCAGCCGUGCAGCAGAGGGCUGCUUGUUCCCAGAGACCCUCAGAGCUCCAGGACAUCCAGUCCCUCUGCUGCCUGCAGCCCAGACACAGCAGCCCUGACAGGGAUACGGACCCUCAGCGUGCUGCCCGCCCCUGUCCUCCGCCUCCUGGAGCUCUGUUUGGAUUACCAAUGGAUGGGAAACACAUAGAGGAGUGUUUAAAGUAAGAAAGUUGAAGUGUUUGGGGAGGAGGAAACUUAGGAUUUGGCCAGAAUCUCAGUUGGACGUCUGACCAGCAGCUGAUGUUUCACACAGUUUGGAAAAUUCAAAUUUAACCAUCAGCGUUUUUCUCUUGGAUUGGGAUCUUUUUAUUUGACCAACGUCGGGGGAAGAAUAUUGGCAACUUCCAAACAUCAGACUCGUCUCUGUGUCUCUGAGUAUGAAAACUUUCUCGGAAUACUGCUGGAGUUGAUCAUUGAGUUCUUGGUCAAGGACUUUACAGAACCAGGCUGAAUCAAGCAGUUUGGGUUUGUGUUGGAACUAAAUCAUUUAAACCUUUAGGUCAUGUCUCCAUCACUGUUCUUUCUGCUGUGUCUGCACCUCCUGCCGCAGUUCAUUCAUGCAAAGAGUGGUGAGCAACGGGACAAACAGCAGAGCAACACCCAUAAAUCUCCCCAUAGUGUCCAACUGGAGGCUCUUCAGAGUGGUAAGCAGUUAAAUACUGCAGAUGAUGUCUACAGCCCUAAGGAGAGCCCCCCUCUACCUGACAUGAUGGACCUGGACCUGGACCGCCGUGUUCGCCUGGCCCGUGGUGCAGACGAAGACGAGCAGCAGUCCACCUUCAGUUAUUCCUUUGAGAGCGAGUGGGUGACGAUGCCUCAAGUCACAGAGUUCAGUAACACAACUAAGGUAGAAACAAACGACAAAGACAAAGACAAGAUCGACCUUUCUGCCAAUACCUCCAGCCCAGACCAUGAUGGCACACGUCUUUUUAACCCAUUCUAUCCGCUGGUGGAGAGCUCCUACGUGGCGUAUGCGGUGCUGUUCCUGGCCGGUCUGGUGCUGGCGGUGGGUGUGGUGGCCAACAUGGCUGUCAUGUGUGUUGUUUGGAACAACUACUACAUGAGAUCUGCCUGGAACUACCUGCUGGCCAGCGUGGCAUUCUGGGACUUCCUGGUCCUGGUGGUCUGCCUGCCGGUGGUAGUGCUCAAUCACCUGUCCAAUAGGAGGGUCCUAGGGGACAUCACCUGCCGCAUGGUGCCGUACAUGGAGGUUGUGUCUCUUGGUAUAACCUCCUUCACGCUGUGCGCCUUGGGUAUUGACCGUUUCCACGCGGCCACCUCCUCGCCUGAGCCGAAGGCGCGGCGGGUGGAGCACUGCCGCUCGGUGCUGCUGAAGAUGCUGCUGGUUUGGCUGGCGGCUCUGCUGCUGUCCAGCCCAGAGAUCUUCCUGUGGCAGCUCAGCCAGACGGUGUCGCCCUCCUCUGGCAGGAUGGUGGACUCCUGCACCAUCACGCCCUCCUCCCCGCUGUCCCUCUACCUGCCCGACUCCCUCCACUCCCUGCUGCUCAGGUAUCACCAGGGUCGCAUGUGGUGGUGUUUCGGCUGCUACUUCUGCCUCCCCGUCCUCUUCACCGUCCUCUGCCAGAUGGCCACCCGCAACGUCAACAGCGACUCCAGCUCUGCCCAGAAGAAGCGGAGUCACGACGAGCGCUCCGACAGCCAGAAGCGUCAGCAGCACCAGGCGGUGGAGCGGCAGCUCAACUGCACCCUGCUGGCGUUGGCGGUGGUGUACGGCGUCUGCGCUCUGCCAGAACACGUCUGCAACAUCACGCUAGCCUACACGCACCUCACCAUGUCUGAAGUCACGGCAGCCGUUCUGGCGCUGUUGCAUCACUUCCUGUUGUUCCUGAAGUGCGCGGUGACGCCGGUGCUGCUCCUGUGUCUGUGUAAGGCUCUUGGUCAGGCCUUCAUGGACUGCUGCUGCUGCUGCUGUCAGGAGUGCCAGCCAACCACGGCCCAGGGUUCGCCGGGCUCCGCCCAGGCCAAACUGAAGGCAGCCAAUGAGACUUCCAUCUUCUUUGACAAGGCUAAAGACACGACGGCCAUCUUGUCCAUCUCCAGCUAGAGCCACCUGUUCCUCUUCAUUUAUUACUCCAUGAAUCAAUCUCCUCCCGCUUGUCCCGUCCUCCCAUAGCGUUAACUCCAGGGUUUCCUUUCUUUCCUCGCUGUUAACCCAUCUCUCUACGUGAUCUCUCCCUCCUUUUCCUCUUUCUUUUCCUUGUUUUCUGUGCACACUUGUUGUUUGAGGACACUGCAGCUUCCUGUCUGUGCAGGAACUGAGGUUCAAUCAGUCAGAAAAGUUCCUGUUGACCCCUGUGUGGACAGCAGGAACCCGCUUCCAGGACUCUGAGGAGACUCUCGCAGAAGGAAAACCUCGACCACAAUCCUGUAGAUCCAAGCUGUGAAGUUCUUUGUUCUUACUGAAAGUAAAUUAAGCUAAAUUAGGGCCGUAGUUUCUACGAAUGUGGAGCUGGGUGAGGAAGGUUAAGGUCAUGCUGCUGGGAAGAGACGCUGCUUUAAUGUUUGAUGACCAGCAGCUUAGAUGUCGAAAGGCAACGCAUUCCUGUGAAAAACUCUAGGUUAUAGGUUACUGGAGGUAAAAGAGAAAAUAAAUACUUAUGUCAUAUAUGAAACAAUUAGAGGUAAAACUCAACUCAACUAAUCAAAUUAAAUAAAUCUGUUGGGGGUGGAAAAAGAAAUCAGA